AUUAGUAAUGAUUAAUUAUAAUUUUAUAAUAAGCAAUCAUAGCUAUCGUCACUAACAUCACUACUUAUAAGUUUAAGUUUAAAUUGGGUUUUAGUGUCUUAAAACAAAACAUAACAAAAAUUAAUUAUUUUUUUGAUUAAAUAACAAAUUGUGUGCCAAAUUGACCGGUAAAUUAUGAGUGAAACGGUAUUGCUUUUGGGUAGCGGUUCCCGGGAACACGCCAUGGCCUGGAAACUUAUACAGUCGCAGCGGGUCCAGAGGAUAUAUGUGGCCCCAGGAAACGGUGGUAUCAAACAAAUGGAUCCCAGGGUUAUCACAUUAGAUUUAGAUAUAAAAAUACCGAAACAAGUGACCGAUUGGUGCCAACAGAACAAACCGAGUCUUGUUAUCGUCGGUCCAGAAGAUCCGUUGGACAGAGGCAUAGCCGACGAACUGAAUCGGCUGGGAGUUGCCUGUUUCGGACCGGAAAGAGCGGCCGCACAAAUUGAAUGCAACAAAUCGUUUGCCAAAGAUUUUAUGGCCAAACAUCAGAUACCGACUGCUCGCUAUCGGAACUUUGCCGACGGCGAAGCCGACAAAGCCAAAGAGUUUGUCCGAACGGCUCCAUUCAGGGCACUGGUAAUCAAAGCUAGCGGUUUGGCCGCCGGCAAGGGUGUCAUUGUGGCCGCCAGUGUUGCCGAAGCGUGCGAUGCCAUCGAUUCGAUUCUAGUAAACAAAGCGUUCGGUUCGGCCGGCAAUACUGUUGUCGUCGAAGAGCUUCUCGAUGGUCCCGAAGUUUCGGUAUUUGCUUUUACCGAUGGUAUUGAUGUCAAACCGUUGCUUCCGUCCCAAGACCACAAGCGAGCCUACGAUGGCGACACUGGACCCAACACCGGAGGAAUGGGUGCCUACUGUCCCUAUCCGUUUGUCGACCAGAAGACAAUGGCUGUUAUCGAAAAAGACAUUUUGCGGAAAACAGUGGAUGGUUUGCGAACUGGAGGCAAACCGUUUGUCGGUUUACUCUAUGCCGGACUUAUGAUUACCAGCGAUGGUCCGAAAGUUAUUGAAUUUAACUGUCGUUUUGGUGAUCCGGAAACCCAAUCGGUUUUGCCGUUACUGGAGUCCGAUUUAUACGACAUAUGCUAUGCCUGUAGUCAACAACAGCUGCAAUCAAUUGAACUCAAGUGGCGGCCAAAGACGGCGUGCGGUAUUGUAAUAGCCAGUAAUGGCUAUCCGGAAACACCUGUGAAAGGCCAGUUGAUUGAUGGCAUCGACAGUGCCCAGAAAGCCGGUCUACUUGUCUUUCAUGGCGGCACUCAGUACAGGGACAACAAGUUUUAUAAUUCUGGCGGAAGAAUACUAACAGUGGUGGCCGUUGCCGACGAUUUGGACAGUGCCGUCAAUAGGGCACUGAUGGGCGCAGAGCUUAUCAAAAUUGACAACAGUUUUCAUCGCAAAGAUAUAGCAAAGAAAACAUUAGACAAACUUCCUCGAGGCCUAUCAUAUAAGGCCAGCGGAGUGGACAUUGUUGCCGGCGAAGAAUUGGUCGACAAUAUCAAAAAGUUUACGGAUAAUACCAAAAGGACAGGUGUUAUGGAAUCGAUCGGCGGAUUCGGUGCACUGUUCGACUUGAAAAGUGCCGGUUAUGUGGACCCGAUUCUGGUGUCGGGUACCGACGGUGUCGGAACCAAACUAAAAGUGGCCAUUGAGUACAAAAAAUGGGAUACAGUUGGUAUCGAUUUGGUGGCCAUGUGUGUCAACGAUAUACUGGUUCAGGGAGCGGAACCGUUGUUUUUUCUCGACUAUUUUGCCUGCAGUCGACUAGAGGUCAAUGUGGCGGCCAAAGUGGUCGAAGGGAUAGCCAAGGGAUGCAAAGAAUCAAACUGUGGUCUUAUAGGCGGAGAGACAGCCGAAAUGCCUGGUAUGUAUGCCGACGGCGAAUUCGAUUUGGCCGGGUUUGCGGUCGGAGCUGUCGAACGCCAGUCACUAUUGCCACGACUGGUCGAUAUUCAAGCCACGGAUGUUGUAAUCGGAGUUCCGUCCAGCGGUGUCCAUAGCAAUGGAUUCAGUUUGGUUAGGAAAUUGCUAUCACUAAGAGGUGUCAACUAUACGGAUAGGACACCGUUUGAUCCGAACCGUACGUUCGGUGAUGUACUACUGGAGCCGACAAAACUCUAUGUCCGAUCGUUGCUCGGAGCUAUCAAAUCGGGCAAAAUUAAGGCACUGUCGCACAUUACGGGCGGUGGUAUUAUCGAAAACAUUCCCCGAACUCUACCGAAACAUUUGGGCGUCGUUCUGGAUGCGUCCAAAUGGACAGUACAGGAGAUAUACAAAUGGAUGAAACGGGAGGGCAAUAUUAGCGAUCGCGAAAUGCUGACCACAUUUAACUGCGGUUUGGGUAUGAUUUUGAUUGUCUCGAAAUCGGACGCCCAGUCGGUAGUCGAUACGAUCGAGUCGACCGGCGAAAGGGCGCACAUUGUUGGACAUGUUGUUCCGCGCGGUAGCGAUCCGGUAGUUGUCAACAAUUUUCCGGCAUUACCACCACUGACCGCCACAACAACAACAACAGUGGGUCGUGUAGUUGCCCGGAAACGAGUAGCAGUACUGUUGUCCGGUUCGGGAACCAAUUUUCAGGCCAUUGUCGACUAUGUUGGACAAAACUCCAGCACAACUGCCAUCGACAUAGCGCUGGUCAUCGGUCACAGUACUAAAUCACAGGAAGGACUGGACAGAGCUGUGAGGGCAGGCAUUCCGACAAAGAGAUUGUUAGUUAAGAGUGGAGAAACUCGGGAAGAGUUUGAUCAGAGAAUACAGACACUACUCGAAGAAUACACUAUCGAAUUGGUCUGUUUGGCCGGUUAUAUGCGGAUAAUGUCCGACCAGUUUGUCCAGCAAUGGACAGGUAGAAUGGUUAACAUUCAUCCGGCACUGUUGCCAUCGUUCAAAGGUACUGAAGCCUACAGGCAGGCACUGGAUGCUGGUGUCAAAUGGACCGGUUGUACCGUACAUUUUGUUACACCCGAAAUGGACGCCGGCCCAAUCAUUGCACAAUCGGUAGUCAAUGUUGAAUCGGACGAUACUGUCCACAAGCUUACCGAACGGGGCAAACAAGUCGAACAUAAGACCUAUGCGCCGGCACUGGAAUUGGUAGCUCAGGGAAAGGUAGUCAUGGAUUCCAAUGGCAAAAUCCAAUGGAAUCUGUAGUCAAAAAAAAAAAUUAUUAAACAAUUAAAAAAAUUUAAAUAAAAUCUUUUAGUUAUCGUAUAUUUAUUUUAAAGGAAUGUUUUUUCUUUUC